AGUUUACCCUCAUAAAACAUAAACAUAUUAAAAACUGGAAAAACAAGAACUCUCUCUCCUUCAGCGGCUCCUCCCUGUAUUAUCAGGUCUAUCUCCCUCCCGACUUUUUUUUUCUUGAUAUUCUCGGUGUCUUCCCCCACCUCUCCCACACCCACCACUUCUUUGCGGUGGUUAAUCCGUCAAACGCCCCGUGAAUCUUUCCAUUUUUCUUGGCGUGCGCUUGAUAGGGCCUUGCUGUUAAGCUGCAAAUAUUCUCUCCUCUGUCUAUCUCCUGAGAAUGAGUUUUAAUAAUUGGAGAGAAACCUUUUUUGCUACACUACUGUUUGUAGCAAUACUGAUGUCUGAUUCAAGUGCUUUUCAAGCAUUUGAAGAGUGGACUGCGGUGCACGGCCGCAUCUACUCCAGCACUCAAGAACGAGAGCUGCGACUCACAAUAUUCAAAGCCAACUUUGAAUUUGUGGAGAAAUUUAACAAGAAUGGGAAAGGUUUUACCGUCGGCCUCAAUCAUUUUGCCGACUUGACUACUGAAGAGAUCAUGAACGGGUACUGCUGUAGACUAUUGCAGUCUGAUUCGGCCACUAGCAUGACAAUCUCAGACAAUGCUGUUGCUGUCGAAAAAAUCGACAACAGUACAUGCAGCAGCGUGGAUUGGGUCGAGUACGGAGUAGUAACUCCAGUAAGGAAUCAGAAAAAAUGUGGAAGUUGUUGGGCGUUUGCCGCAGUAACCGGAAUAGAAGGAAUUUUCGGAAUAAAAAGGGGGAAGGACAAGGUGGUGCCGCUGUCUCCUCAGCAGCUUGUGGACUGUGACGAGGUUAGUUAUGGCUGCAAGGAUGGCCUCGAGGUUCACGCUUAUGACUAUGUCUCCAAGAGAGGGAUCGUAAGUGAGGCCAGUUAUCCCUACAAGGCAAAGACCGGCAAAUGCAACCCAGAGAUAUUUGAAAGUCUACCCAUUGUCACCUGGAUUAAUCGCAGUCACAGUGUGUUGCCGAAGGACGAGCAGGCCCUGACAAGGGCUGUGUGUCAACAGCCAGUGACUGUCGGAAUUGAUGCCGGAAGCGCAGCUUUUGCAUAUUACAAAGGCGGGAUUUUUAGAGAUGAAUGUGGUACUAAUUUGACACACAGUGUCACCAUAGUUGGUAUCGGGAGGGACGAGUCUGGCACCGAAUACUGGAAAAUCAAGAAUUCCUGGGGCAAGGAAUGGGGAGAGGGAGGCUACAUGAAACUUCUUAAAGAUGGUAGCCCGAAUGGACACUGUGGCAUUACCAUGGAUGCCACCUAUCCAGUGAUUGAUUGAAAAAUUAUAGAAUAUUAAUCAUUAUAUGAGUAUAUAUAUAUACAUUAGGAGACUAUGUUCACGGAUAUAUAUGUGGUUAAAUAUCUGUUAGUUUGGAUUUUUGGAUGACUUUUGUUAAAGAUCUGUUAGUUUAUUAAUUACAUGGUUAUUUUGUAAUAUGCAAAGCCAUUACAACUAACAUGCAUAGAAGACUAUUAUGCAUAA